GCAAGUACCUACCUAGGUAUCUUCAAGUAGAUGUUUCCUAAAAGUAAGUGAUUUUGGGUACCUUGUACCAGUGAAUCACAAAGCGGGUCGAGGCUGAAGCUCCUAGCCAAUGAUAAAUUAGCACAGCUUGUGAUUGUCGCGACUUCCCUAUCCCCAGUCGAACUUUUUGACACCCCAAACCUUCGUUCACUUAACUGUCGCCUCGAAAAUUCAAAAGUUUCCGAGCUUCCAUCAUCACACUUCGACAUUUUUCUGCUCGACGGUUUCCACCACCGAUCCUGCCUCCUUCAUCAUCGCACUUCCCUCAAUCCUUAACCGAUUAUUCUUUUUUCUAAGAUACCCUUACCGUUGUUGUUAUUGAAUCGUACCUUAACCGUCUCUCAUUCUGGUCGAGCCACUUUGCUGGCAUUUAAACUACGAUCACGCACACGCGCAUUAUAAUCGUCCACCAUUCCCACUCUUCAAUUCUCGGUUCCGUACACACACCUCGCGACCAUCGCCGGUGAUACGAUUUUACAACGACCACUCAAUACUAUCCUGCAGCUGCGGAAUACCCCAUGGCAUCCCGUAGUUACCAGAACCAGGGUUACAUGCCCAACGGCGCUACUAGCGGCCACCCGAACGCUGGCCAGCCAGCCCCCGGCGCCGUCCCCCUCUUACCCAACCAAGGACGUGUCAUCCAAUCGGGUCCAAUUCGAGUGCUAUGCAUAGCAGAUGUCCGAGGCAAUCUACGAUCGUUGAACGACCUGGCGAAGACCGCACGAGCAGACCACAUCAUUCAUACCGGCGAUUUCGGUUUCUAUGACGAUACAUCCCUUGAGCGCAUUGCGGAGAAGACUCUCAAGCACGUUGCUCAGUACUCCCCUUUAAUUAACGAAGAAGUUAAGAAGGCUAUUGGCCAAGGUGGACCGGGCUCCGUCAAGGCUCGAUUCCCUCCCCAAGAACUUCCUCUAUCCGAACUACCUCUGCUCAUCAGCGGUCAAGUUAAGCUCGACGUACCGGUUUACACAGUCUGGGGCGCUUGCGAGGAUGUCCGUGUGUUAGAGAAAUUCCGAUCAGGGGAGUACAAGGUGCACAAUCUGCACAUUAUCGAUGAGGCUCGAUCCAUGUUACUCGAGAUUGGUGGCGUCAAGUUGCGACUGCUCGGACUUGGCGGAGCCGUCGUCAUGCACAAGUUAUUCGACAAUGGCGAAGGUCGAACCACUAUUGCCGGUGGUCAGGGUACCAUGUGGACAACACUGCUUCAGAUGGGCGAACUGGUUGAUACUGCCACCCGUGUCUACGACCCGACUGAGACCCGCAUAUUCGUUACUCACGCCUCCCCCGCUCGCGAGGGUAUUCUAAACCAGCUCUCAGUCAGUCUUAAGGCAGACUUCUCUAUCUCGGCAGGUUUGCACUUCCGAUACGGCAGCUCUUACAAUGAGUUUAGUGUUAACCCGACACUGGACCAUUAUCGUGGUAAGCUUGCUGCUUCUAAGGCAUCGUUCAAUGACGUCUGGGAGACGGUGAAGGGUGAGGUCGAGCCAGCUAUCCAGCAGAAUGAGGCUCAGCAGAAUCUUCUCCGGAACGCGCUAGAGCUGGUAGAUAAGAUGCCUCGAACCGCUGCCGGCGGAAACCCUUUUGGUGGUCCUGUUACCGGACCUGGCGCUCAAGGUCAGGUGGACGAAAGCGCAUUCAAGAAUAUGUGGAACUUUAACUUGGCGGAUGCUGCGUUCGGUUGGCUUGUGUUGGAGAUUCAAGAUGGCCGCAUUGGUACGGAGAUGCGAGCCCAAGGUUUCAACUUCUCUCACCGCGGAGCCAAACAACAGACUGUGCCCCAGAGCACCCCCUCGCCGGCUCCUGGCCUAACCCCAGCAGCUCCUGCGGCUUCUGUAGCCCCCGCAUCGACGUCCACACCUGGAAUCUCCGGUCCGCAGAGAAUUCCUUCAGCCGCGGGACAACAGAAGCCUAAUGCAGCCACCCCAUUGCAGCCUCCGAAGUCGGCCACACCGAAGCCGACUUCCUCGUCCCCGGCUCCCAGCGCGGCCGCCGGUAAGGAGAAUGAGAAGCCUGCAGGCGCCAACGGAUCGACUAACGGGCCAGAGACCGUACCAUCCCCAGCACCUCGUACCCCUGCCGAUAGUAUCAUUGGCCUCUUUGUGAUGAAUGUGCAAAGCGACGAACAAGCUCGCGAGAUCUUCCCAGAAGAGCACAAGGCGAAGAUUGUUAAGAUCGAGAAAUGGGGAAAUAACAGCAACAAUAAGGUUGUGCAUUUCCAGACCGUCGAGGAUCGAGAGACAGCUUAUACUGGUCUCUCCGAUGAGUUCAAGGUUCGCCAUUCCGAAGAUCGAUCACGUCCUUUGGUGAAGAUCUUCCAGCCUCGCGAAAACAAGCAGAUGUUCGGAACCCGAGGAGCUGGUACUUGGGGAAGCGGUCGUGGCCGGGACAAUGCAAGCGGAUACCGCAGCGCGGGUGACCGCGGCGCUCUUAGUGGUGGCGAGAGCGGUCCGGAAACCGGCCGACAACGUGGUCGAGGUGGAGCCCGAGGUGGUAGAGGAGAUCGAGGUGGUCGGGGUGGUCGGGGUGGUCGCGGAGGCAUGGGCAAAGGCGAGGGAGGAACCGCCUCCCCUGCUCCUGCUGGCGACUCGUAAACACCCCGUUGACUUAACCCCCCCUACCUUAUCACCUACGUACAUUCUACUAAUAACCUCGCGUGAAACCGCGCGGAAUUUUGCUUGUUUUCCGGCACUUCGCAACGGAACAACUUUCUCGUCGUUUUUUAUCAGGUGGAGUUCAGAGAUUCUGCCGGCCUGCGAAGGAAGUUUUUUUUAGGGGAAAAAAACGUGAGGGGGCCUUUGCGUCAUACUGGUGGGAAUGGAUGUGUAUUCGGUUGGCGCGAUAGCUCAUCGGCUGAUGCCAUUGUUCUCUCGGUUAUGCCAGUUAUCUGCUUUCGCGGCUAUUGCAGGCAAAAAGGGUUCGGUUUGUUUCUUGUGCCUUUUUUCCUGAGAUCCCGGUCCCAUACCGGACGGGAAUCAUUGAAAUAGGUUCUUGCCAAUACACAACCGUACGAAUGGAUUAUUGAGAAA